GAUUGUCGCAGAACAUGCGGCUUGUGGUCAAACACGCGUUUCAAGCACACCUCCAAUGGCCUCGGCGCUCGCGAAAUGUUUAAAGACCUAUAGGGCAUAAUACGAUUCCAACGAGCAACAUUAUCCCCCAUUCCAUUCAUCUCUCUUCAAUAUCUUUCCGCACCAUGUCGUCCGAGGAUAACCUCAUCCGGUUUGCGAACAUAGUCACUACCUUGGUGGCAAUCGGGGCGUUCGUCUACGUCGUCGUGUCCCCUCUGGACGCCCUCCAUCCGUCAAAGGAGACGUAUAUCACCCCUUCUUCUUGGGUGUACUUCACGUGGCCUCUGAUUUUUUUGCUGCUCUUGGGGACAUGUACCUACCAGUUCUCGCGAGCGGGGUCGGAGACUAUCCUCAAUCGCAUUGCCUGGCGGCUCCCGAUGCUCAAUGUUCUAGCGACGAUGUAUCUUUAUUCAUGGGCUAUCGAUGAAUAUCGUUAUGCCAUGUUCUUCAUCCUCUUCUUGGGAUCCACUGUUACUUUUAUCUACGGUCAAAUCAAGCAUGUGCCCUCACGCACCAUCUCCGACGAGCUCUUCGUCAAUCUGCCGUUCUCUCUCUACCACGGCUGGACUACGGUCCUGAUCCUCACAGCCGCGUUCGACUCCUUUGGCGUCGAUGCUUCCGUCGAGCCGCUCACAGGAUGGACAAAAGCGAUCUUCAUAGGAUCUCUUUUCGUGCUCGAGAUCGUAUCGUACGCAUACGCCUACUCGACCGCUGAAGGCGACCUCCCUGCCUGCCUUGCCAUCUCGUGGUCUCUCUUCGCGAUCUGGGACCACCAGAAGUCGGUGCCGUCGGACAGGAGGCAGGCUCCCGUUGCACUGGCAGCAGCCAUUAUCUCGCUGCUUUGGGUCCUUCGCAGCAUUGCAGGAAUUGUCAAAACAUCGUACAAGGCCCGACGCGCGGCAGCCGCAGACGCCGAAGAAGGGGAGAGCCAGAGGCUUCUUGAUCAAUCUGCAUGAUCACUUACAGUGAUAGUUUACCACCCUCUUACUAAAUGGCUGGGACUGUUUCGCACAUCGAGCGGAGGCAAUGUCAAGUUCACGGUCCAUAUAGUUUGU